AUGGCUAUCAUUCGUGGUCUGAAAGCGGCGGCUUUGAUCGCCCUCGUCUCGAGCCAAUCUCAGCUUGCGAUUGCUGCACCAGCAGCUGCCAAGUUCGCCAAGAGGAACACGACGGACCUCCAUGACUCCUACGACUACGUGAUUAUCGGCGGAGGCUUGAGUGGUCUUGUGGUUGCCAACAGACUGACCGAAGAUCCAGAGGUGACUGUCUUGGUUGUCGAGUAUGGAGACUUCGACGUCAGCUGGGACGUGGCUAUUCCCUACUACGCUUCUAACCUACACCCCAACGAUUUGAUUCAGUUCUUGUCCAUCCCACAGCCUGGUCUGAACAACAGAACUUCUGGUGUUCAGACUGGAACAGUAGUUGGGGGCGGGUCUACGGUCAAUGGCAUGGCGUUUGAUCGCGGCUCGAAAGCCGACUACGACGCGUGGGAGGAGCUAGGAAACCCGGGUUGGAAUUGGGACAGCCUUUUCCACUACUUCAAGAAGUCAUCUACGUUUACUCUUCCCGCGCCCGAGUAUGUUGAGAAGUACAACUUUAGUUACGACCCAAGCACCUAUGGCGAUGGUCCUCUCCAGGCCGGCUUCCCCUCGUGGCAAUGGCCCGACAGAGAUCUUCAGAGAAAAGCCUGGAUUGAGGACAUUGGCGUUCCUGUGCUCGAUGAUCAUGGUGCAGGUGGGAACAAUGUUGGCUUGGCUCAGCUCCCCCAGAAUCACGACCCAAAGAACGUAACUCGGUCGACUUCGAGAACAGCAUACUAUGAGCCUAUCGCCGAAACUCGCAAGAAUCUCAACCUCAUUGUGAAGCACUAUGCUUCAAAGAUUGAGUUUGAGGAUAAGAAAGCUGUCGGUGUGAACAUCAUCUCUCGCGAGACUAACGCCACAACACUGGUGAAGGCGAAGAAGGAGGUUGUCCUUGCUGCCGGCGGCGUUCAGACGCCAAGAAUCUUGCUCCAAAGUGGUAUCGGUCCCGCUGGACUGCUGAAGUCUCUCGACGUCGAUGUGGUCGCCGACCUCCCUGGCGUGGGUAGCAACUACCAGGAUCACGCAUGGAUGUUGAUGUUCGAGGCUAUGAACGAUCAGGCUUUCUUUAACGCAUCCGAGGCCGAGUACUUUGCCAAUCGAACUGGACCCUUCACUCACGCUCGUGGGAACAACAUCAUCUUCAGAUCUCUCCAGGAUCUUACUCCGGAAUAUGAGGCCCUAACGGCGUCUGUCGAAGCCCAGAACGCGCUCGACUUCCUUCCUGAAAUCUACUCAGAGCACCCCGAGCUUCUCGAGGGCUUCGUCGCUCAGCGUGAGGCUCUCACCAAGCUGUUCAGAAACCCAGAGGCAGGCGUGUUGGAGAUUCCCUUCGGUGGCUUCUCUGGUGGUGCAAUUGCUUUCCAGAAGCCUCUGUCUCGUGGCACCAUCAAGAUCAGCUCGACCAAUCCUGACCCUGCUAACCCGCCUGUCAUCGACUUUGGUACCCUGCAAAACCCUAUUGAUGUCGAUAUCGCAGUCCUCAGUGUCAAGGAUUUCCGCAAAGUCUGGGAUACUCCCACCUUGGCGAUUAGGGAGGCUGUUGAGAUUUCUCCCGGCGUCAACGUCACAUCUGAUGAGGCCAUUGCUGAAGCUGUUAGAAACGCCCUUUUUGCCAGCUUUGCGCACCCCAGCGGAACAACGAGUUUGCAACCUUUGGAGCAUGGUGGCGUUGUGGACCCCCAACUUCGUGUCUACGGCGUUCAGGGACUGAGAGUAGUUGAUGCCAGUAUCAUUCCGCUGAUUCCUGCCUGCCAUUUGCAAGCUACUAUGUAUGCCGUGGCUGAAAAGGCUGCCGAUAUCCUGAAGGAGAAUUAG